ACUGGUACAAGCUGUCAACAACGUGUGUGGUUGUUAGAUACAUGUAUUGAUACUUGUAGUUAAUCGAUAAAAAAAAACGGAUUCUGUAGCUAGCAAACAUCUAUUAUUGAGCAGAGAUGGAAGCGACUGAAACAAAUUAUACAUGUAACAGUAGUGAGUUUAGAAGAAGCGAGUUAUCAGACACAGAACUUGAGAUUGUGGGACAACCCUACUCCAUCUCGGUGCUCAAAGUAGGCUAUUGUCUGUCCGAACAGGACGGUUCUUUUCGAGCAGACGGGACUAUCACUCUUCUAACGGGACCUAGAACUAUUCUAGUAGACACCGGAGGACCGUGGGACCGGGACUUUCUAGUGAAACGGCUGAAGGAUAAGCGAUUAGACCCGGGUGAUAUCAGCAUAGUGGUGGGGACACAUGGCCACUCCGACCAUGUUGGUAAUCUGGGUCUGUUUCCAGGGGCAACAAUAGUUGUGGGGUGUGACAUCAGUGAGGGGGAUAGGUACCUUCCUAACCAGCUGUCUGAGGGGCAACCCUAUCCUAUUGAUGAACAUGUGUCAAUAGUACCCACUCCAGGCCACACAGGGCGUGAUGUGAGCCUUCUUGUGAAGGGAACCACAAUGGGCACGGUGCUUGUUGCCGGGGACCUAUUUGAGCGUUGCACUGAUGACGACAGUUGGAGAGAAUUGAGUGAGAAUCCUGCAGUUCAGGAGGCCAGCCGACAAGAGGCGCUACGCACCUCUGAUGUCAUCAUCCCGGGACACGGGUUGCCGUUCAGGAUCCACAGGGAGGAGGUGGAUGGACGCUCCGGGUAGAAACUGCCCUGUUAGGCCCUUAGGCACAGAUCAGUUUUAGCCUUCCUCUCUCUAACCGUAGCAAUGUGGGGGAAGAAAACCUUAGAUCAGUGGUUAAAUGUAACCACUGAUGUGUACAGUGCAUUCGGAAAGUAUUCAGACCCCUUCCCUUUUUCCACAUUUUGUUACGUUACAGCUUUAUUAUAAAAUGUAUUUAAAAAAUAUAUAUCUCAUCAAUCUACGCGCAAUACCUCAAAAUGACAUCACGAUACCCCAUAAUGACAAAGCAAAAAAAGGUUUUUAGACAUUUUAGCAAAUUGUUUGUAGAGCUCUGUGACAUGAUUGUGUUGAGGCAAACGACAAAAACAUUUCUGCUGCAUUAAAGGUCCGCAAGAACA